GCUCGGCCGACGGGGUCCGGCCCGGGCCCGGAGCGAUCGGUCGCCCGCGGGGCUCGUGCCUUCCCGACCUGGCUGGGGCUUGGGGCCCCGGCCCACUUCCCCCAGUCCUGCCCCCGAGCCAGCCUGAGCCCCCGCCCCGGUCCCCGUCCUCCUCCCAGGCCUCAGCACCCGCCGGCAGCUGAGCGUCCGCGGGGAGGCCGCUGGUCCGCAGUAGGUCCAGGGGUGGCCUGACCCGGAGAGAGGCGCGCGCGUCGCACGCACGCCUGGGGGUUGGUUUGCGAUAUACCCCAUGUUUUCCCAUCACCAGAAGAGUCUGGGCAGAGACUGGACUACACCGUGGGAGAAUCUGCAAAGGUGUUGCUGGAACAGACAUAUUUCUAGUUGUAUGAGGUGGCCCGGACAUUAUUCUCGUGCUCCUUACCCAUACUUCAGUAGUAGGCAUUUUUCACUACAUUGGAGACCAUCUUGUUUGUUUGAGUCUAGAACUCCGUUUCAGUACUGGAACUGGAGACCUGACAGCCUGAGCCACACCUCUUUGCUUCAUCUCUCUAGUUACAUCAUGAACUCUGAGGGAGAUGAGCCUUCAUCAAAACGAAGAAAACACCAAGGCACAAUACAACGGCAUUGGGAAUAUAUAUGUAACCAUAAUAAGGACAAGACGAAGAUCCUAGGAGACCAAAAUGUUGACCCCAAAUGUGAAGACAGCGAUAACAAGUUUGACUUUUCGGUGAUGUCCUAUAAUAUACUUUCACAAGAUUUAUUGGAAGACAAUUCACAUCUCUAUAGGCACUGCCGGCGGCCAGUUUUACACUGGAGUUUUAGGUUUCCCAAUAUUUUGAAAGAAAUUAAACAUUUUGAUGCAGAUGUACUUUGUUUGCAAGAAGUUCAAGAAGAUCAUUAUGGAGCAGAGAUCAGACCAAGUUUGGAAUCUUUGGGUUAUCACUGUGAAUACAAGAUGCGGACAGGAAGGAAACCCGACGGCUGUGCCAUUUGCUUCAAACAUUCCAAGUUUUCCCUCCUGUCAGUGAACCCAGUGGAGUUCUACCGCCGGGAUGUCCCUCUGUUGGACAGAGACAACGUGGGCCUAGUGUUACUCCUGCAGCCCAAACUUGCAAGCGCUGCCUCGCCUGUGAUCUGUGUAGCUAACACACACCUGUUGUAUAACCCAAGGCGGGGGGAUAUUAAGCUGACCCAACUGGCGAUGCUUCUGGCAGAGAUUUCCAGUGUUGCCCAUCAGAAAGACGGCAGCUUCUGCCCUAUCGUCAUGUGCGGUGACUUUAAUUCUGUUCCCGGUUCUCCACUCUAUAGUUUCAUAAAGGAAGGGAAAUUGAAUUAUGAAGGACUCGCCAUCGGAAAGGUAUCUGGCCAGGAACAGUCUUCACGGGGACAAAGAAUUUUAUCUAUUCCAAUUUGGCCCCCAAACCUGGGUAUCUCACAGAACUGUGUGUAUGAGGUACAGCAGUUACCAAAAGUAGAAAAGACAGACAGUGAUCUGACACAAACAGAGCUGGAUAAAACAGAGGUCCUAGUGACGGCCGAAAAAUUAUCUUCACAUUUACAACACCAUUUCAGCUUGUCGUCUGUUUAUUCACAUUAUUUUCCUGACACUGGAAUUCCAGAAGUGACCACUUGUCAUUCCCGAAGUGCCAUAACUGUGGAUUAUAUUUUCUAUUCUGCUGCAAAGGAAGACGUCGCUGGGCAGCCAGGAGCUGAAGUUGCUCUGGUUGGUGGCUUGAAACUUCUGGCCAGACUAUCCCUUCUUACGGAACAAGACUUGUGGACUGUCAAUGGACUCCCAAAUGAAAAUAACUCCUCCGAUCAUCUGCCUUUAUUGGCUAAGUUCAGACUCGAGCUGUGACUCUUCUUUGAUUACAUAAAUACUUUUGUGUCCAGUUUAUAUUCUUUUUCAAAAAGUGUAAAAUAGUUCUUGAGAGCCUGCAUGUUUAUUUUUGUGCUGUGGAGUUUCGGAAGAGGUUCUGUUAAAUGCUUGAAACAGAUGUCCGAAGAAAUAUGUUUACAACAAUUUCCUUUGUAAUAAUGAAAACAUAUUUUCCUGCCAAGUGUGAUCUAAACACUCCUUAUUGUAAAAGAGUUGUAAAUAUUUUUUAUUCUAAACCCCAGUAAAGUUGACAGUGAUUUUUAAAUAUCGUGCAUCCUCUUUAGUUAGUACAGAAUUUCACUUGAUGUUUCUGGCAAGCUUUAAAGUGGAUCCAAAGUAUCCUUGAGCUCUUGCAAACCACAACUCAUUUCCCUUCCGGAAGGCCUGAUUUCAUUGUGCAGACCAUCUGUCUGUCAAGUCCUAAUUCAUCUCCGAAAUCACUGGGCCGUUCACAAGUGUCCAGCCAACCAUUGUAGUUUGGUUUUGAGGGGGCUUAAUAGUGCUAAAGUUGUACAAAUUGCUUAAUCCAUCCUAUUACUCUCCUGAGCCAUGUAAUAUGUCUACAUUUUGUUGGGAAAUGUAGUGGAUGAGUUUUAUACAUGCCCUCUUUUUUCCAUCCUGUGAAACAGACCACCCAGCAUGCCAGAGAGAGGCAGAGACUGGGUUAUAACGCCUUCAUUUGCCCGGCAAUUUUUUUUUCCCCUUUUUUCUAUUAAGUUCCAGGAAGAAAUCCCUAGUUUGGGGGAGAGACUUUAUUUUUCUGAACCAGUUCUGUAGAAAUUUAUUAUAUAAGGAAGCUUGUUUUUAGAACAGAGUGGCAGCUAUAAGAUUAUUUUGGUUUUGCCUCAGAUAUUUAGGAAGCCCACAAAACUAGUGGGGAGAUACCGACUUGGAGACCUAAUACUCUCAAGUAGUAAUUUUAACUGUCUUAGUGGCUUUGUUUCUAAGAUGUUAGUUACUUUUUCUUUUAUCACGAGGCCACAGUGUACGAUGGUGCUGACCUUUUUUUUGUAAAGUGGUUAAGAGCAGUUCUAAUGAGUCCCAGAGCUGGCACUAUGUGAAUGUUUGAAUCAAAAGUUUGAAAACUGAAAAAGUAGAAAUGUCCCCUUUUUUGAGACAUUAGGAUCAAAGAAUUAUGUGUGUUUUCACUAAGUAGUAAUUUUAUAUUUGAAUUCCACUGAAUUAUGAAAGUUUUUACAGUGAGCGUUCCUCGUAGAAUGACUGUCCUGAAAUUAGAAAGCUGUAGUUCCUCCAAGUGCUGGACUUAAAAGGGUUUUGUAGGAAAGUAUACUGACUACAGUUAUUAUAAGAAAAUAAAUCAGAUGACUACCCCAACAAGGCGUGUGGGUUAUAAGGAUUUGCCUAGUAAAAACUGUAAUCAAGUAUUUUUAAAUGUUUAAUUUCUCACUUUUUUGGGUUUUUACUUAUAGUAUUACCUGUAGUUCUAAGAUUUUCUACAUUUGCUAGUAAUAGUUUGCAGAAUAUUCAAUGUUCUAAUUAGAUAUUGUUGCUGUCAAAGAAUAAUAGUGUAAUUAGUCCCUUUUAAAAUGAACUGGGGAAAGAGAAAGAAAAUUCAUUAAGUACUGCUUUGUGUUACGUGAGUUUAUUAACAAAUAAUUUUGUGUAUAGGUCAUUGUUGACAAACUAACAUCCCUGAAAACCUCUGUGAAGAUUUAAUGUUUUACAUCCUGAUUCAAUAUAUUGAUUUUAAGCCCUUUUCACAUGCUUCACUUUGUAAAAUUAAUCCAUAAAACUGCUUUCUACUUUAGCCUUUAAAGUGUAGUAGUAUUUUGUGAACCGGCCAUCAAUGUAACCUUCCCACGGUUUUUAAAGCUGCACUAAAAUUAAUGAUCUGUUCGUCUACUUCUGACGGUCAGAAGAUUUGGGACCGCGGCUGGAACCCUGUGUUUAUGUGCCAGCAGCCAAAUCCCCCGCAGUCCGGAGCGCUGUACUCUCCAAGUUGUAAAAUGGAAAGAGAUACUGCUGAGUAAUGAAACUUUGGUUUUACUUUACCUUUUGA